CUCCCAUUCACUCUCAUAUGGUACUGUUCUGCGAAUUCGCAUGCGUGAUCGAACGGAAUGGUCGUACAGCGCGAGCCUGAUGGGUCCCCCCCCCCCCCUUCCCCGCUUUCCGUAGCUUGCCGGAACGGGCGCCGGUCCAACAUGGCCGACAUCAGGCGCUCGCUGUCCGCUCUCACGAACACACUGCGCCCCGGCGCGAUGGCUGGCCCUUCGUCGCCUGCACCUGCGGCCACUCGAGCGUGUCCCGCUGCUGCUCGGUGAGGCGCACCAUGUGGUACUGCCCAGCGAGCGGGACGGAGAGGGUCGUGCGGGAUCUUGCGGCGGGCCUCGACAUCGAAGACCAGGUGGGGGGCGGACGUCGCGGCUACUUGUUG